UAUAAAGACCAUUCCUUGAUCAGAGAAGGCAAUUACGAUUGUGAAUCAAAGGACGAAUCAAGAUGAAGUUUAACGUUGUUCUAUCGUUAGUACUCCUUUGUAUAAGUUUAUUUUUAUUUGAGUAUUCUGCGGCUCAAGUUAUACCAUAUCCUGGUGAUUGCACUAAAUAUCAACAAUGUGAUGCCAGUGGUUGUUUCGUAUUGAGUUGCGGUGCUGGCACCGAAUUCAAUCCUGCGAUUGGAACGUGCGAUUAUCCUUUGCAAAAUCGUGAUGGUUGUGGUAACCGAGGAUGAUCAAUUUUUGAUGGAAAUAAAACACAUGUUGCACAUGUAAAUAUGUUAUUCGAUAGAAGUAUAUUAAUUAUUGGAAAAAUAAAAUAAAUGAGAAAA